GUUCCAGUGGGUGACCUAAUAGAACUCACAGGACCAAAAUCCUCUGCCAAGUGGAGAGAGAGAGAGAGAAAGAGAGAGAGAGAGAGAAGGCGAUGGCGACCCAGUUUCCCGACGACUUCAAGUGCCCAAUUUCGCUGGAGAUAAUGUCCGACCCCGUUAUACUCUCCUCGGGUCACACCUUCGAUCGGGCGUCAAUCCAGCGGUGGCUGGAUUCCGGCCACCGGACUUGCCCAAUUACGAAACUGCCCCUCUCCGAGCCCCCCUCUCUCAUCCCCAACCACGCCCUCCGGAGCCUGAUUUCCAAUUAUACCCACGUCUCCCUCCCCAGACCACAGCCCUGCCCGGAGCCCCAAUCCCUAAUCUCCACUAUCACCUCUCCGUCCUCGGCUUUGGAAUCCAAGCUGGCCUCGCUGGAGCAGCUGACUCGGCUAUCGAAGCGCGACUCGGGUCUCCGCCGACGGCUGAGCGAGUCGGGGGCCGUGUCGGCCGUGCUCAACUGUGUCGGGUCCGACGAGCCGAGCCUCCAAGAGAAGGCGCUGAGCUUGCUGCUGAACUUGAGCCUGGACGACGAUAACAAGGUGGGCUUGGUGGCAGAAGGGGCGAUAGGCCGCGUCGUCGCCGCCCUGAGAAGCGGCGGCGGAUGCAACUCCGACGCUCGGGCCGUGGCGGCGACUCUGCUGACGAGCUUGGCGGUCGUGGAGGUGAACAAAGCCACGAUCGGGUCGUACCCGCGCGCGAUUCGGGCCCUGGUUUCGCUCCUACGCGAUGGAAACGCACGGGAGAAGAAAGAGGCCGCCACGGCGCUGUUCGCUAUAUGCUCAUUUCCGGACAAUCGGGUCAGGGCCGUGGAUUGCGGGGCAGUGCCCAUUCUGAUUGUCAUCGCCAGGUCGGGGCUCGAACGGGCCGUUGAAGUACUGGGUUUGUUGGCAAAAUGCAGGGAAGGUAGAGAAGAGAUGGUAAAAUUCGAAAAUUGCAUACAAAUCUUGGUUCACGUUUUGAGAAAUGGUAGCUCAAGAGGCGUUCAAUAUGCCCUUUUGACGCUAAAUUCGCUGUGUAGUUCCAGCAAAGCUUUGUGUUUGGAGGUUUUGAGUGAAGGGGUUUUUGAGCUUUGUGUUGGGUUGUUGGAAGAUGACAAUGAAAAGGUUAGGAGAAAUGCUUCGAGUUUAAUUCAAGUUCUACGGGGGAAGCAAAUGGGGGGUUGAUCGGUUGAAUUACACGAGAUUUUGGAUUGAGAUGGAAGUGAAUUGGGUUGUUUUUGGAGAUUGUGUCGUCUUCCAUCUUUGUAGGAUCAAUCCCCACAAUCUAUUGUACCUUUAACAAGUAGUGGGCGUUGAAUACGGACGCAAACGUAUUUCUAAUUCAGGGGAUUUGCUUGAGCUUGGAGCCAUGUUGUCAAUGUUAAAUCCACGCACGCCCGGGAUUUGAUUCCUUUUGAGAUUUUUUUAUUAAAUAAUUUCUCACAACAGGGGAAACCGUGUGGCAGCAAAGUUAGUUGACUACUCGGUUUUCUUAUCUCUUCACAGGCGUUGGGUAGGUUCGUCCGCAAUUUGUUGCCAUUGAUGGAAGGGAAACUUCCAAGGAGGAGGAGCAGACGACGACGACUUGGUGCAUCUUGGUUCUGAUCCCUCUAUCAAGGGUUGAGAAGUACGUGGAACAAUGAAUUGUUGAACAGGCAGCUGGAAUGAAAGGAUUUGGAAGGUUCUUGAGAAAUGGGCAAGGUGGGCUUUCUCGGGAACCAGACAGAAAAUGGAGGUUGGAAGACAGGGAAUAUGUGAAAGAUGAUUUGAUUUAGUCACAUGGUUCAUGCCCACCACCGACCCAUACGGAAGCGGAAUGAUUCCCAUGUCCCUCUCUCUCUCUCUAUCUCUCUCAACUUUCUUUCUUUCUUUCCCUGUCUUCCAGGAAUCGGAUCCGAAAUUGGCAUCGGAUUCUCGUUCUUGGACGCAUGGGAGUGAUCAAACGUUGUUGGCCGUUCGGCCAUCCUUUCAGACCCAAACCAAGAAACCAAAAAUUAGAUUAAAAAAUAAAAAUAAAAAAAUCAUUGCGGAAAAAUGGUUCUGAAACGACUAGGCGUAGGCCGCCUAUCUAUCAUCUUAGGAUCCGAGUAGGUUAGGGAUGACAAGACGUUAUCUUGUGCCUGCCUUUAUGAAUACUGUGCUUGUAAAAGAAAUAGAAGUUUAAAUAAAUCAAACAAAAUCUCAAUUUA